AUGGUGAAAGAUGGAAAGAUUAAUAAUAGAAGAAAAAAAAUUAUUGGAGGGUGUGAGAUGAAUAAUUUUAUCAACGUAUGGCUUUCAGUCUUCAUAUCUCUAUGCUACUGCUAUUACAUAGGCAAAUUUGUCCCCAGAGGUAUUCCAAGACUCUUUGGUGUGCUCCCAAUUGUGUGCCUAUUUCUUCUCCUUCCUCUUAACUUCUCCUCCAUUCAUCUAGGAGGCACCUUUGCUUUCUUCAUUGCAUGGCUAGCCAACUUCAAGCUUUUGCUCUUUGCUUUUGGUAAAGGGCCUUUGUCCUCCAACCCAUCAAUCUCUCUUGGGCACUUCAUCGCCUUUGCUUGUUUACCCAUCAAAAUCCAACAAAACCCACCUCUAGACUCGUUGGAUAAAUCCCAAAACACCCAAAAUAAGUCAAACCCAUCUCCAAAAUCAUAUUCAGUUGCCCCAAAUAAAGAAAACCCACCCGAAAAAACACGUCCAAGUAGACCAAUUAAGGAAAACCCAGUUCUCAAAAGGCCUAGGAAGGGCCACAAGUGGCCUCUAAAUAUCACAAUAAAGAGCAUACUUUUAGCCAUGUUGAUCCAACUAUAUGACUAUAGUGACAAAUUUCAUCCAUGGGCCAUGUUGUGUCUAUAUUGUAUCCACAUAUACUUAUGGCUUGAAAUCACACUAGCCUUGGUGGCAGCCCUAGCUCGAGCCAUGUUGAGACUUGAGCUCGAGCCACAGUUCAAUGCACCAUACCUCUCUACCUCAUUGCAAGACUUUUGGGGCAAGAGAUGGAACAUCAUGGUCACAAGUAUUUUACGACAAGCCGUAUACGAACCUUUUCUCAACAUUGCCACACAUGUCGUUGGUCAUAAGUGGGCCCCACUCCCAGCCAUAUUGGUUACCUUUGUUGUGUCGGCUCUCAUGCACGAGCUCAUGUUCUACUACUUGUCACACGUGAAACCCACGUGGGAGAUCACAUGGUUCUUCCUCUUCCAUGGGGUGUGUUUAGUGGUUGAGAUUUAUUUGAAGAAAGUGGUUCUUUACCAGAAAGUCCGGUUGCCGAGGCUGAUAUCUGGGCCAUUGGCCCUUGGAUUCUUGCUGGUCACUGGCUUUUGGAUGUUCUUUCCACCUCUACUCCGGUUUAAGGUUGACGUUAGGGUGUUGGAGGAGUACACAAUUUUUAAGGACAUUUUUCAAGCUUUAAAAUUUUAA